AUGAUUGUUUUGCCUCUGAAAUCGAGGACCGUCGGGCCGUCACAGAGACUCACACCCACUAAUGCACAUAAAGUUAACUCCUCAUCGUCUCCGCUUCGAAAGAAAGCAGCCUCAAGACGUCAAACAAUGGUACGCUACGCUUCCGCCGCGCUUGCGACCAAUCCCGAAAAAACCUCCCGCGCACGCGGCGAGUACCUCCGAACGCACUUCAAGAACAUGCGCGAGGUCGCAGCUGUACUUACUGGAAUGAAACUCCAAAAAGCAUACACGUAUCUUGGUGACGUUGUGGAACACAAGCAGGUCGUGCCGUUCCGCCGUUUUGCAGGUGGUGUAGGACGUGCGAGUCAGGCGAAGCAGUUCAAGGCGACCCAAGGUCGCUGGCCUGCAAAGUCUGUCCGCUUCAUCACCGCCCUCCUGAAGAACGCAGAGUCAAACGCAGAUGCUAAAUCACUCUCCGCCGAAGACCUCUUCAUCAAAAACAUCGUUGUCCAACAAGCACCCAAAACCCGCCGUCGCACGUACCGUGCACACGGUCGCAUCAACCCCUACCAGGGCCACCCUUGCCAUAUCGAGGUCAUCCUUGGUGCUUCAGACGAUGAGGUCGAACGUGCAAAGGACAAGGACGUCGUACCCAGCAAGCUCGCUGGUUUGAACAGACGACAGGUUGCGAGGAAGCGGAUUGAAGCUGCACGUACCUCGUAG